GCCCUGCCUCCUUCCACCAGGCUGCUUAGAGCAAAACAGCAGAAGAAACAUCAGUAACUAAAGCUGCUGCUUGAAAUUGAGGCGGGAAGCGAGCACCACAGGAGACAACAUGCGUGAGUGCAUCUCUGUUCACGUUGGUCAAGCUGGAGUUCAGAUUGGCAAUGCGUGUUGGGAACUCUUCUGCCUUGAACACGGCAUCCAGCCCGACGGCACCUUCAAGGACCAACCCAGCGAUGAUGACUCUUUUGCAACAUUUUUCAGAGAGACAAGCACUAGAAAAUAUGUGCCACGGGCUAUUAUGGUGGACCUGGAACAAACUGUAGUAGAUGAGGUGCGGACUGGCACCUAUCGUCAGCUUUUCCAUCCAGAACAGCUGAUCACUGGAAAGGAAGAUGCAGCAAACAACUAUGCCCGUGGCCACUACUCCAUUGGAAAAGACAAAAUUGACAUGGCAUUAGAUCGUAUACGCAAGCUGGCUGAUGCCUGCUCAGGGCUACAGGGAUUCCUGAUUUUCCACAGUUUUGGCGGGGGCACUGGCUCUGGUUUUACCUCCUUACUGAUGGAACGCCUCUCUCUGGACUAUGGAAAGAAGUCCAAGCUAGAGUUUGCCAUCUACCCAGCUCCCCAGGUCUCCACUGCUGUCGUGGAGCCCUACAAUUCCAUUCUGACCACACACACCACCCUGGAGCACUCAGACUGCGCCUUCAUGGUUGAUAAUGAAGCCAUCUAUGAUAUCUGCCGCCAAAACUUGGACAUUGAGCGCCCAACUUACACCAACCUCAACCGCCUCAUCAGCCAGAUUGUCUCCUCCAUCACCGCCUCGCUGCGCUUCGAUGGGGCCCUCAACGUGGACCUCACCGAGUUCCAGACAAACCUGGUGCCCUACCCGCGCAUCCACUUCCCCUUAGUGACCUACGCCCCCAUCAUCUCUUCUGAGAGAGCCUAUCACGAGCAGCUCUCGGUGGCAGAAAUCACCAGCUCCUGCUUCGAGCCCAACAACCAGAUGGUGAAGUGUGACCCGCGGCACGGCAAGUACAUGGCUUGCUGCAUGCUCUAUCGUGGCGACGUGGUUCCCAAGGACGUCAACGUAGCAAUUGCUGCCAUCAAGACCAAGAGAGCUAUCCAGUUUGUGGACUGGUGUCCAACAGGCUUCAAGGUUGGGAUUAACUACCAGCCUCCCACAGUUACCCCAGGAGGAGAUCUGGCCCAGGUUCAGCGAGCAGUCUGCAUGCUGAGCAACACCACAGCUAUUGCAGAAGCUUGGGCAAGGCUUGACCACAAGUUUGACCUGAUGUACGCCAAGAGAGCCUUUGUGCACUGGUAUGUGGGGGAAGGCAUGGAAGAAGGAGAAUUUGCAGAGGCCCGGGAAGACCUAUCUGCCCUGGAGAAGGACUAUGAGGAAGUGGCAACUGACUCCUUUGAAGAUGAAAAUGAUGGGGGGGAAUCUUAAAAAUCUUAAAAUUCACUUUGCCCUCUUCUGUGCAUAAGAUUGCCUCUAUGUCUCUUUAUUUCACAUGGCUGUAUUUUCCCAUGUUUCAUACAC